AUGACCCGUGUGCCCAAUCGGGCCGCUGCGCUAGCUCGCAGCAAUGGCGCAAGAGCCAAAAUUCGCAAGCACAAAAUUAUUAUGGAAACUGUCACUCAGGAAAAGAAGAAGCUUCGGAGUGUUAUAUCUUUCGAGGCAAAAGCGCCGCCUGGUUAUACUUUUAUUCCGGCCGGAAACCCCAAAUUUACAAGCGCCUGCAAAGAAUUGUGUCGGAAAGAUGGUCUCAAGGUUUUCACCGUUUCCACCACCCCCCAUCAAGGCAUGCAUAACCUUUCCCAACAAGUUCACAGAAUUGGGUACCAUUUUCCAAGUGUUGUAGUCGCUACAGUGUGCAUGGAACGAGGAGUCUUUUUAUCUUCCGCCGGGAAGGUGAUGCCUUAUCGACAGAUACCUAGUCGUGGAAAUGUCAGGGAAUUUAUUCGUGAACGAAGAGCAGAUUCGGAACUGUCACAAAAUACAAUUAACGCCGAGGCCCGUGAUGCGAUCAAGGAUCUUUUCCCGAAUAUUCCAGAUAAAGAUCUAAACCAAAUUAUCAAAACCGCGUUCCGCAAGGGCAAACGGAAAGUCGGAACCGCUGUUGAGCUCCCAUUGGCACGCCGCGCGCAGUUGGCUGUCGUUGCGCACAUACGCCAUGUGUACACUGAGUAUGAUCGUUUGCUCAAACUCACAUCUUUUCAAGAAGCUCGGGCUGCGGUUGAAGAGCCAUGUCUCGCAACACUUGUUCAAUGGAGAGGUGACGAUGAGACUGGGGAGACUGUUCUUGAAGAUGUUUUCCGUGAAGUUAUUGUUAUUUCCGACGAUGAGGACGAUGACGAGACCAGCGAUAUUGAACAGACCCCAGCUGAUCGAGAUUCAAGUGUCGAGAUUGUUUCCAGCAGUACUGUUGUUAGGGAACUGCAAACUCAGCCAUUGCCACCUGGAAAUAGGGGUAUUGCUCUAGAUCCCUCGGAAGACGAAGCCCUUUCUGGCGUUCGUUUUAUUCCCGAAUCUUCACGAAAACGAAAGGCGGGGGAUAAGAAGAAAGUCGAUCGUCGAGGUUUCAGCAGAUACCAAGCAUGGGAUCGAGCCAAAGACCGAUAUAAAGAUAUCUUGAAUAUAUCUAACUCUAACCAACAAUCUAGGCAUUCACCCAUGCUUAAUAACCCGCCUGUCACAAUUCAGGGACGGCAACAUGAACCCCAAUUAACAAGGCAAUUUCCCCAUGUUCAAUCACCGACAAGGCCUUUACCUAUAACUCGCCCCGCGGACUCAACUCACUCCAGACCACCUCUGUAUCAGGAUGUGGAGCCUUCUAUACCACAACUACAUCGGCGUCUCGAACCUCCGAAGAUAAUCCGUUUGGCUGACGGCUCAGUUUUUGAAAGAGCGGAUACUGUUCUGAACCCAAACUAUGUGAGGCCGGAUGAGCGGUCAAGAUUUGUUGCACCUUCAUCGCCCCACGCCCGUGGGUAUUUAUCCACCGAUCAGGUGAAGUAUCAUACAUUAGGUCUUAGACAGCAUGAUCCCAUGCUGGAGGUUGCCAGUAAUGACAAUAAGUAUCGGACCGGAGGCCAUCAUACAGCUCACCAAGCCCCUGGAUACAUAACUGAUCCCGGACUGCCCUUGUCACGAAAGCGGGACUCUAAUGGCUUGUUAAUGGAAGAAGCUUACCAUCAGCAGCCACCGCUCGAGGAUCUAUCCGGUAGAAUGAAAGUCAUUGAUAUUGACGAUGCCAGGUAUCAGCUCCCUCCGAAAAGGAGUAAGUUUGUGCUUCACAAUUCCAUUGAAAAUUCCCAUCCGGAUGGCCGCAGGGAAACUACGGCAUUGCCAUACCCAUCUAGUGCCGACUUCGACUUGGGGAAACGUCGAGAAACAGGGAUUUAUGAUCCGGAGCUUGACAGACAAAAUAUCUUGGUUAAUAAAACCAAUAGGCCUAACGACCAAUAUCCGCACCCGUUAUUGAGACGUGUGGAGCAUCCCAGGCCCCAAAUUGAACGAAAAUUUACUGGGCCAUCACAACCAAAGGAAUUUACCACCAGAAUGGAUGGGUUUCCUGGUGAAUUUGACCGUGGACAGGUUCGUCAAGGCCAAGUUUCAGACCGCUCUCAUGCCAAUCAUUCUGUUCAUAUGGCUACGGGCAAACCGCCUGUUAUCACAGCGGGUAGCUCUUCAUAUAGGGUCAGGGAUGACAACAACAAUGUCGGACCUAACCAGCUUUCGCAUAUCUCGAACCCACGACACGUGUUACAUGGAUCAGACACCCACGAGAGUCGGGAAAUCCAACUCAAAGGACCUGGUCCUGUUCACUCUGUUGUAAUGAGAGAGGCGUCGCCAGAACGGAGACCCCUUUUAUUUAACCAAGAUACACGAGCUUCGCGUAUCUAUUCACACGAUUUUGUUCGUCCUAUAUCGUCUCCAGAAAACAAUGGACCCUUGAGAGGGCGCACGUACACUUCGACGCGUGAUGACCAGAUAGGCCCAAAUGGCCGUUACUCAACAAAAUAUGUUCAGGACCUCGAUGCUGGUAGGAAUACGACUGAUCGUAGGAUUGCGUAUGACCAGCGCUCUCUCUCCCCUCCAACUCACCGUCCUGAUUCCCGGAUAGCUGGUCCCGUUCAUGCGCAUAGAUUUCACGAUUCCCGGGCCUCACAACAGACUGUCCCUCUGGGCCAGCAAGGAACUUACCAUAACCGUAUAGUGGCGGAUUCAUAUCACGAUAUUCCGCCUGGCCAAAAACGGUAUGGCUUUGCGUUCCUUCCCUGA